UUGGGCUGCAGGAGAAGAUGGCGGUCUCCACAGGCGUUAAAGUUCCUCGUAAUUUUCGCUUGUUGGAAGAGCUUGAAGAAGGACAGAAAGGAGUGGGCGACGGUACGGUUAGCUGGGGCCUUGAAGAUGAUGAAGAUAUGACGCUCACGAGGUGGAUGGGCAUGAUUAUCGGGCCUCCAAGGACAAAUUAUGAAAACAGAAUAUAUAGCCUGAAAGUAGAAUGUGGACCCAAAUACCCAGAAGCUCCUCCAUCAGUUAGAUUUGUAACCAAAAUUAAUAUGAAUGGAACACAUAAUUCCAGUGGCAUGGUGGAUGCACGGAGCAUACCAGUGUUAGCAAAAUGGCAAAACUCAUAUAGCAUUAAAGUUGUACUUCAAGAGCUAAGGCGUCUAAUGAUGUCCAAAGAAAACAUGAAGCUUCCACAGCCACCAGAAGGACAGACAUACAACAAUUAAUUUUAGUGGAUCUCAAACUUGUCUUAAAUCAACAACCUUCUACUCAUGUUAAUGUCUUGAUUAAAUAUCACAAUGCAAAAUACCCACACAUUAAGUAAGAUAAUUCCAGCUGGUAAACAUGACCUGGACAUUUGUAAGAAUAUAUUUAAUAUAUGUACACCCAUUAUGUUUUCAGGUAACAGGAGGAAAAUUCAGCAGUGUUUUUUCUUGUUAAGGCACCGUCCUUUAAGCGUGCACUUGGAGUGCUCAGAGUGGCGCUCAGGUUUACAGGUGGAAGCACGGCGAGAAGUGUCAGAUGGUUGUGUGAGCAGGUGUGUCUCUGAAGAGGCAGCUCAAGAAGGAAAACCGGAAUGGCCUGCUCUGUCCAUCUUGCUUAGAGAAAGAGCUUCAGUUGAACUGUCUGAAGUAGCAGGUACAAGGAAUGUUAUUGCAGAGUGCGUUCAGUUUUGAGGCGUAUGGGUGCUGACUACUAGUAGUAUCAAAAAUACGUUCAGGAUUGUUUUGAUACCUGUAUUUAUAAUAAAAAAAAAUGUUGUGGGGGAGGUGGAUGAAUUUCUGUUACAAGCUGUUCCCGUGUGUUCCAUGUAACAGAUGUGGUAAAUAUUUGUUUACAGUCUUUGGUGGAAAGACAUGCAUUUACGUUUAAGUGAAAUCAACAAAAAGGAAAUAGGUGUAUGAAUAUGUGAUUUUGAGAUUAAAGUUAGUCUUAAAUUGUAAAUAAAAUGUGGAAUGUGU